AUGUGCUGUUCCUUCCAGCAACUUGUGGAUGCUACCACUGUCUACAGACAAUGCAGAUGUUGUGUUCCCAUGCCCGGCAGUUAUCUCCCUUUUACUCGGCUUGAAUUAAUUAAUCUUUUUUCUGUUUCUUGGUCAUUCUAUCAAAUAAAUGCGUUCCUCGCGCCUGUCUUUCGGUGGCAAAUCUCGUCAGCUUUCAUCGUUCGCUUCGAUAUAUCCCUUACGCUGAAGCAAUUUCUUCUUAUUAUUCUUUUUUUUUAUCUUAAGAGUCAAUUUUCUUUUUUCUUGUCUUCCUUUCUUCCUCUCUUUGACCCCGCCUACGUCUCUUCGUCCCGGUUUUAUUCUCUUCGUCCCAUCUUCCUUUUUUGUGUCCCUGCCUUCCUCUCUUCGUCCCAGUCUUCCUCUUUUCCUUCUUGUCUUACUCUCAUCGUCCUGGUUUUCCUCUCUUCUUCCCGGUCUUACUCUCUUCGUCCCAGUCUUACUCUCUUUGUCCCUACCUUCCUCUCUUCAUCCAUGUCUCCCUCUCUUCGUCCCAGUCUCCCUCUCUUUGUCCCUGCCUUCCUCUCUUUAUUCCUGUCUUCCUCUCUUCGUGCCCAUCUUCGUCUCUUCGUCCCUGUCUCCCUCUCUUCGUCCCUGUCUUCCUCUCUUCGUCCCUGCCUUCCUCUCUUCGUCCCUGUCUUCCUCUCUUCGUCCCUGCCUUCCUCUCUUCAUCCCUGUCUUCCUCUCUUCAUCCAUGUCUCCCUCUCUUUGUCCCUGCCUUCCUCUCUUUAUUCCUGUCUUCCUCUCAUCGUGCCCAUCUUCGUCUCUUCGUCCCUGUUUUCCUCUCUUCGCCAGUGCCUUCUUCUCUUCGCCCCAAUCUUCCUCUUUUCGUCUCGGACUUUCUCUCUUUGCCCGUCUUCCUCUCUUCGUCCCUUUCUUCCUCUCUCUUCGUCCCAGUCUUCGUCUCUCCGUCCCUAUUUUCCUCUCUUCGUACCUGCUUUCUUCUCUUCGUCACUGCCUUCUACUCUUCGCCCCAAUCUUCCUCUCUCCGUCCCUAUUUUCCUCUCUCCGUCUGCCUUCUUCUCUUCGCCCCAAUCUUCCUCUCUCCGUCCCUAUUUUCCUCUCUCCGUCCCUAUUUUCCUCUUUCUGUCCCUGUUUUUCCUCUUUCUGUCCCUGUUUUUCCUCUUUCCGUCCCUGUUUUUCCUCUUUCCGUCCCUGUUUUCCCUCUUUCCGUCCCUGUUUUCCCUCUUUCCGUCCCUGUUUUUCCUCUCUCCGUCCCUAUUUUCCUCUCUCCGUCACUGCCUUCUACUCUUCGCCCCAAUCUUCCUCUCUCCGUCCCUAUUUUCCUCUAUCCGUCCCUAUUUUCCUCUCUCCGUCCCUGUUUUUCCUCUUUCCGUCCCUGUUUUUCCUCUCUCCGUCCCUAUUUUCCUCUCUCCGUCACUGCCUUCUUCUCUUCGCCCCAAUCUUCUCUCUCCGUCCCUAUUUUUCCUCUUUCCGUCCCUAUUUUCCUCUCUCCGUCCCCUUUUUCCUCUUUCCGUCCCUGUUUUCCCUCUUUCCGUCCCUGUUUUUCCUCUCUCCGUCCCUAUUUUCCUCUCUCCGUCACUGCCUUCUACUCUUCGCCCCAAUCUUCCUCUCUCCGUCCUUAUUUUCCUCUUUCCGUCCCUAUUUUCCUCUCUUCGCCCCAAUCUUCCUCUCUCCGUCCCUGUUUUUCCUCUUUCCGUCCCUGUUUUUCCUCUCUCCGUCCCUAUUUUCCUCUCUCCGUCACUGCCUUCUACUCUUCGCCCCAAUCUUCCUCUCUCCGUCCCUAUUUUCCUCUCUCCGUCCCUGUUUUUCCUCUCUCCGUCCCUAUUUUCCUCUCUCCGUCCCUCCAAAAGCCUUGUUUGUUUUGUCUGCAAUGCAAAGCGCUGGACACUUCCACCAACCACCCACCCACCAUGUGAUCGGUUCAUUCCCGCGUCCCGCCUCCCUCGUCCUCUAAAAAUCCAUCUGCCGUCUGUCUGCUGA